UUUGGUGUUACUGUUCUGAAUGUAGGUAAAGGUGUGCAAAACUUGUUAGAAAUUCAAAUAAAAACGGUCGGUAGUAUUAUUUGGAUCUAUUAUUUGUAAAAGGACGCAAUUUGUGAACGUAAAAUAAAACGAUGGCGGAUGCAGAUGAAUGGGAUUCAAUAGAACAAAAGACUUCUACAAUGGUACAUAAUGCGAUAACUCAGUUGCAUUUUAUAUGGGCAGAAGUUGGAUACGAUAAAGAAACUCAAUUGGUUUAUACUGAUGCAGCGCUGGAUCAUGUACAGGAAUUGUUAACCGAUAUGGUAUCAGAGUUUGAGGAUAAGAAGAGAUUACUAUUGGAAGAAACUGAACAGUUAAUGCAAAAUACAUCUAUUUUAUGUAAAGAAUUAAAAGAAACUAUUGAUACGAGUGGAUAUGAGAAACUACCACUAUUCAAAUUACAACAAGUACUUCAACAUGAUAUGGAAAAACUGUUGCGUAUAAAAGAACAACGCAAAACAUAUUUAAAUGAAUUAUUAAUGAAGGAACAUGAAAUAUGCAAACGGCUAGGUGUACAGCCAAUAGGAAUUGAAUCUAAACUUCCGACCGAAGAAGAAUUAGAUAACUUUAAGCUAUAUAUAUAUAAACAGGAAGCAGAAAAGAUCUCCAGGCGAGCUUUAUCCGAGAACAAAAAACGUAGAAGCGAUCUGGGAAAAACCAGAUCUCCAUCGCAGAACGCAGGUACAGUUGACAUGACUUAUGGACAAUUUCAAGCACAUUUGAAAGAGAGAGAGGAAUUGCGUAGCUCCUUGUUACCCGACCAAUCGCUAAGCGCUAAAUCUAUUUUAAAAACUCCGAAACGUACACACGUUAAGCCCUUAAGAAGGAAAUUAUACAACAAAAACGCAUCAUCUAAUACAACACUCAAAUUAUUACAAUCGACUCAAAAUUCUCCUCGUAGUCUUAAGAUAGAUCAUACUCCGAAACUUACAACAGCGCCAAAUGUACUUCCUAUUAUUUUUUGA